AAUGGUGAAAGCAAAGAAGAUGAAUAUGUCUGAAAAAGCACAAUUACAACAUAACCAACAAAAAAAGAAAAAUUUAAAUCCCUUCGAAAUACAUAUAAAUAAAGACAAACAAAAUGUUUUAGGACGAAGGAAUAAAGCAGACAGAGGUUUGCCUGGUAUAUCACGUGCUAAAGCUAUUAGUAAACGCAAGGGUACUCUGUUUCAAGAGUAUAAAUUAAAAAAUAAAGACAAUGUGUUUUUAGAUAAACGCAUAGGUGAAAAAAAUUUUCGUAUGACACCAGAAGAAAAAGCUAUGGCAAGAUUUACAGCAGAACGUAUAAAAGCUCAUAAAAAGAAAAACAUUUUUAGUUUGAAUGACGAAGAAGUACUGACGCAUAGAGGCCAAACUCUUGAAGAAAUAGAAAAAUUUGAUGAUCCAAAAAGUGAUGAUGAAUUUAGUGAUGAUGAAAAUAGAGAUGGAAAACUGAAUAAAAAAUUUGUUGAAUCACAUUUUGGAGGCGGCGUUCUAUCAAAAUCAGACUCAACUAUAUCUAGAAAAGACCUGAUUGCUGAACUUAUUGCUGAAUCCAAAAAACGAAAAGCUGAGAAGCAAAAGAUACGUGAGGAAACCGUAGAUUUAACAGAAAAACUAGAUACUGAAUGGAAAGAUCUUCUUCCUAUAGUAUCAGCAAGUAAAAUAUCAAAUCAAGAUCCUGUUGAUAAAAUAAAAGUUGAUGAUUAUGAUAUGGCUGUACGUGAAUUAAAAUUUGAAGCAAGAGGCAAUCCUACUGACAGAUUAAAAUCUGAGGAAGAAAUUAUUAAAGAAGAGAAGGAAAAAUUAGAAGCACUUGAAGCUGAUCGUUUAGCAAGAAUGAAAGGAUUUAUGUCAGAUUCAAAUGCAGAACUAAAACAUAAAUCAGCUGAUGAUCUUGACGAUGGAUUUUUUGUAGAGAAAAUAUCUGAUGAAAUUCAAAAUGAUGGAGUAAGUAAUGACAAUGAUAUAUUUAAUGAUGAUAUUAGUCAAAGCUCAAACGAUACUAGUAAUAGUAAUGAUUCUGAAUUUAAUGAAAAUGUAAAUCAAACAGAAAUUCGAGUAGAAAGAAUGAAGAAAUCUCUUGUAAAUGAUAAAAUUGAUAAGACAAAUAAAAUUAAUCAAGAAUCAAAAUUAAUAAAUGAUGAACAUGAAGAAAGUAAAGAAGAAUAUGAAACAGAUUUGUGUGAAAAUUCGGAUGUCCAGUCAGAUUCUAAUAAUGUAGAAGGUGAAAGCUCCUCAGAAGAUGACUUAUCAGAUUUAAAACAAUCUGACUCCUCUAGCGAAGAUGAGGAGAUAUCUGACAAAAAAAAUAUUAGAUUUGGAAAUAAUAUAUAUACUGAAAAAUCAAUUAAUAUCAAAAAUGAUAAGUUGAAGUCAAUAAUAAAAGCAAAUAAUGAAGCAGUUAUUGACAAAAUUGUCAGUAUAGAUAGAAAACAAGAAAUUAGAAAUGAUCUUUUAAAAAGGAAAGAAAUCAUGGAAAAAGCUAGAAAAGAAUUGCCUUAUACUUAUAAAAUACCAGAAAAUUUUGAGGAAUUACAAAAAUUAUUACAAAAUCAAAAUCCCGAUUAUCAAUCAGUUAUUAUAGAUCGUAUAAUAAAAUGCAAUCAUUGGACUCUGGAUAAACAAAACAAAGAAAAAUUAUCCGAAUUAUUUAUAUUUCUAAUGAAAUAUAUUCUUAAUAAUAAUAUAGAAAACGAUGAUGUAGAAAACAUUGUUAACUUUUUUCAAGUUUUUGAUAGGUUAUGUCCUUAUCUAUAUGAUCUUGCACAUAUAAAUCCAGAAAAUACUAAGAAUUGUAUAGUUGAAAUAAUAAAAGAAAAACAUGAAGAAUUUGAAAAGAAUAGGAAACAAUAUCCCAACAUAGAUACACUUAUUAUUUUUAAAUUGGUAUCACUAUUAUUCCCAACAUCUGACUUUAGACAUGUAAUUGUUACUCCUUGCCUUAUAUUUAUGUCACAAAUAUUACUAACAUGUCGUAUUAAAAACAGAAGAGAUAUAUCAAAAGGUCUCUUUAUAUGUACCCUUAUGUUAGAGUAUACAGUAUUAAGUAAACGAUUUGCUCCAUCUGCGAUCAAUUUUCUACGUGGAAUAAUAUACAUGGCUACGCCAAAACUUUUGAUCAAAGGAAUUAAGGUGAUUCCUCCUUUUAAAAGUAUUGGUGAAUCAAGUAAUUUAUUAAUAAUUGAUCAGGAAAAAACAGAUUUAGAAAUGAAUUUAAAUACAGUAAUUAUGAAAGCAUAUGAUUUAGUAAAUGAAGAUAUAGACAAUGAUUACAGAAUAAGAGUUUUAUUUACUGCAAUAAAUUUAAUUACUGAAUUUAAAAAUCAUCUUCAAGAAUUAGAAUCUGCAUAUUCUAUAUUCGAACCAAUUAUGAAGUUAUUAAAAGAAAACCCAUACAAUGGAUAUCCUUCAACUUUAAAGGAGCAUAUAAAACAGUUAAAUGGAGAAUUAAUCGACUUAAAGAAUAAAAAGCUUGAAUAUAUUAUUCGUGAAAAGAAAAGACCAAAACCAUUAAGGCAAUAUGAGCCUCAUAUUGAAAGAGUAUAUGAUGGCAAAAAGCAUAAGCCAAUGUCUAAAGAAAAAGCAGAAAGAGAAAAAUUACUUCAUAAAUAUAAAAAAGAAAUGAAGGGCGCUAUUCGUGAAAUAAGAAAGGAUAGAGCAUUUUUAUCCAAAUUACAAAUUAAACAACAAAUUAAGAGUGAUGCAGAACGCAAACGUAAAGUGAAAGAAAUAUUUGGUGAUGCAGCGAAACAACAAAAUGAACUAAAAAAGUUAAAAAAGAAAUAGAUUUAGAAAAUUAUAUAAAGAAUUAUGGAUAUGCAUAUGUUUUUCUUUAUGUAAA